AUGGGUUGUUUUCUUGCAUGUUUUGGUUUUUCCAACAAAAGAAAGCGUAGAAAGACUCUCUACAAAGUCCUUUCUCGACACCAACACCAACACCAUAAAUAUGCAAACUAUGAAGUUCUUGCCGUAUCAGAAAAAUCCAUUAUCCCAUAUUCUGGUUUAAGAGAUGAAGGGAAGGAGCAGAAUAGUGUCAAAAGCAAGAAGAAGAAGAAGAAGAAAGUUACCUUCAAUUUGAAUGUACAGAUAUACGAGCCAAACCCCACUGCUUAUCAGGUAUUGGAUAAUGAGGAAGAAGAAAAUAAGAACAACACUGCACAACCAGAAGGAAGGAGCUUACCUUCUUCGAUCUUAGGAGGAGAGGGAUCUGCAGCCUUGACUAUGAGAUACCCUUCAAAUUACAGAUAUUACAACUGCUCAGAAGGCUAUGAUGAGGAGGAUGAAAUAUCACAUGAGGAAUCUGACAUUGAUGAUGAUGAAUUUGAUGAUGGGUAUGAUUGGGAUGAUGGUGGUAGUGAUGUAAGUAUAGAGAAUGAUGAGGAUGAAGUACAUGAUGAAAACACUAAACAGAAAGUGUUGUCAGAAGACAUGAUAAAGAAUCAGAUGCCAGUUGCUCCAAAUGAUGCUGAGAUGGAAACCAAUUUAAGUGGACGAGACAGAAGCAUAAACAUGUAUUCUGUUCUGAGCCCUGUAGAGAACCUCACUCAGUGGAAAGCAAUCAAAGCAAAAGUCACAUCAACUAUGCACAGGAGGAAGGAGAAUGUUCCCCCAGAACAAAAUACAAGCAUGCCCUUGAAUUCUUCACCUUGCAACUUAGAAUCAAAUGUCCUUCAGUCCAAACCCCUGUUGCCAGAAAUUGCAGUUGAUUCCAGUCUUUCAAACUGGUUGAUUUCUCCUAAUUAUAAUGUCUCCAAGAUCACAAUUCAUUGUCAAUGA